GAGCUUGUUGUUGAGCAUUCCCUUGAGGCCAUACAACACACUUCCCCUUUUCCUUCCUUUCCAUAUCCUUUACUUUCUUUCCCUUACUAUCAUCAUGUCAAACACUUCCAACAACCUGUCCAACGAAGAACUCCUAGCCUCCAAUGCUGCUCUCAAGGCCCAAGUUGAGUACUUGGCCAAGCAAGUUGCCCAACUCACUAAGCUCAAGAUGAGCAUGGUAAAUACCCCGGAGGAAAGUGAAGAAGACGAAGAAGUUCACCCCGAAGCUAACUCUAGUAACACCACUAGAGAGGAGAAUCAUGAACGAGGAGCUACGGAUUUCAAGGUUGACAUACCAACCUUUGAAGGGAAAAAUGAUCCGGAUGACUUUCUAGAGUGGCUGGAAACUGUUGAGCGCGUCUUUGACUUCAAAGAUGUGCCCGAAGAAAAAAAGGUCAAGAUCGUGGCAUUGAAGUUUCGGAAGUAUGCCUCCACUUGGUGGUCCAACCUAUCCACCAAAAGAAGGCGAGAGAAUAAGGCCCCUGUGAAGACUUGGCUCAAGAUGAGGAGCUUGUUGAAGAAGAAGUUCCUGCCCGAACAAUAUGUACGGGACAACUUUUCCAAACUUCAACAUCUAAGGCAAGGCGUGGCCGCUGAUUUCACUCAAUUCCGAGUUGUGGUUAGUGAGAUACGCCCUCCCAAAGUUGAUAACAGUAUCCUGGACGAAUUCUAUCUACCUUGCUGAAUUUGUCUCCAAAGAGGAGUCUAAUUUUAUACAUUAGUAGUGAUUAUUAAUGUGUAAAAGAAGAUAAAAGCCCCAAGUUAAGAUAAGAGUGUGUCAUAU